AUGUUUUAUGCUGAAAUCCCAGAUGAAGAUAAAGAUCCAGAACUUUAUGAAGUUAUUAAGGAGUGUAUGAUACACGGACCAUGUGGUACCGCUAAUACAAGUUCUCCGUGUAUGGUAACUGGAAAGUGCUCUAAGCUUUAUCCGAAACAGUAUGAAGACAUUACCAAAGUUGGUACUGAUGGUUAUCCUGUUUAUAGGAGGCGUCCGUCUAAACGAUAUAUUGAGAGGGCUGGUUUUAAGUGUGACAGCAGGGAGAAUGUUGUUGGUAAAGAUGGAAAACGUGCAAGAGAUGUCACAUAUGCGCAAAUCCCUGCAUAUUUUACUUGGGAUGGAAGUAAUAAGCGGUUUAAAAAGAGGGCUAGAGGAUUUUCUCUAGGUCGAAUUAACUAUGUUCCAAGGAGGCUAGAAGCUGAAUAUUAUUUGCGAGUUCUCUUAAACCAUAUCAAGGGACCUACAUGUUUUGAUGACAUAAAAACCUACAAUGGUGUUCUCUACCCUUCUUACAAAGAAGCUUACUUUACACGGGGAAUUUUAAAUGAUGAUCAAAUCUUCAUUGAUAGCCUGGUAGAAGCAAGUCAAUGGUGUUUUGGGAAUUACUUGAGAAUUUUUUUUGCAAUGAUGCUGCUCUCUGAUUCAUUGGCUAGACCAGAACACGUUUGGAACACAUGUUGGGAUUUCCUGUCAGAAGGGAUUGAGAAAAAAAAACAAGAGGAAUAUAACAAUCCAGCUCUUACUCUAACAGAAGAUGAUGUGAAGAACUAUACACUACAAGAGAUAGAGAAGAUUAUGUUGUUCAAUGGUGGGUCUCUGAUGGAAAUAGACAAUUUUCCAAAGCCAACAAGAGAAGGUAUUGAUAAUUCCAACCACUUGAUAGUUGAUGAGAUGAGGUACAAUUGUGAUGAUCUAAAAGCAAAGCAUGAUACAUGGUUAGAGAUGAUGACUGUUGAGCAGAGGAGUAUAUAUAAUGACAUUAUUGCUGCUACACUAUCCGCUGUUGUACGAUCAAGAGGAUUGAUUGUUCUUAAUGUGGCAUCCAGUGGCAUUGCUUCUUUGUUGUUAGAAGGUGGUCGGACAGCUCAUUCUCGGUUUGCAAUUCCUAUUAAUGUUAAUGAUUAUACCCUUUGUCGAAUAAAGCCUAAUUCUAAUCUUGCAAAUUUGAUAAAGCAAGCAUCUUUGAUUAUUUGGGAUGAAGCGCCGAUGAUGAGCAAGUAUUGCUUUGAGUCUUUGGAUAAAAGUUUUGCUGAUAUUAUGGGUAAUGUAGACAACCAAGUUUUUGCAGGAAAUGUUGUUGUUUUCGGCGGUGAUUUCAGGCAAGUGCUUCCGGUAAUCAACGGUGCGGUUCAGGCUGAAAUUGUUAUGUCAGCUCUUAACGCUUCUUAUCUUUGGGAUCAUUGCAAAGUUCUUAAAUUAACUAAGAAAAUGCGUCUGCUCUCCAACGAAUUGAGUGUUAAUGAAGCUAACGACAUCAAAGAAUUUUCAGAUUGGCUAUUAGCAGUUGGAGAUGGUAGGAUUUCUGAACCUAACAACGGUGAAGCUAUCAUUGAUAUUCCCAACGAAUUUCUAAUUACAAAAGCAGAGAAUCCUAUAGAAGCUAUCAGUAUGGAGAUUUAUGGGAAUCCAGCAUUUUUGAAAGAUAAAAAAGAUCCCAUAUUCUUUCAGACAAGAGUCAUUUUAGCUCCAACCAACGAUGAUGUGAACAAAAUCAAUCAAUAUAUGCUAGCGAUGCUGGAAACUGAAGAGAAAGUGUAUUUGAGUGCUGAUAGCAUUGACCCUACCGAUUCAGAUUCACUUUCCAAUCCUGUUAUUACGCCUGAUUUCUUAAACAGUAUUAAGUUAUCUGGUUUGCCUCAUCAUACUUUGCGGUUGAAAAUUGGGGCUCCGGUUAUGUUGCUUCGUAAUAUCAACCUUAAGGGUGGGUUGUGUAAUGGAACAAGACUUCAAAUAACACAGAUGGAUAAUCAUGUACUCGAAGCAAUAGUAAUAACGGGUGAUAGAGUAGGUGAUAUUGUUUUGAUUCCUAAAAUUGAUCUAACUCCAUCAAAUACAAAGUUGCCUUUCAAAAUGCGUCGAAGACAAUUUCCACUAACGGUUGCAUUUGCCAUGACUAUAAACAAAAGUCAAGGUCAAUCGCUAGAGAAGGUGGGAUUUUAUUUGCCAAAACCUAUGUUUUCGCAUGGUCAGCUAUAUGUUGCCUUAUCUAGGGUUACUUCUAAGAAAGGAUUGAAGAUUCUAAUUGUCAACAAAGAAGGAAAGAUAGAAAGACAGACUACUAAUGUCGUUUUCAAGGAGGUCUUUCAGAAUCUGGAAUAA